AUGCAAAACGAUCAAGGACUCCAUGCAACAUUCUCUUCAGUCGAUGAGAACAAGAUAAAGAUUUGUUUUGUUAUGAUUGAUGGUAUUGGAGAGGUUAAUAUUGAAGAGUUGGGAAAGAAGACUGCAUUGCAAAGUGCUCAAACUCCGAACAUGGAUCGUUUGGCAGCUUGUGGUGUAAAUGGCUUGAUGGAUCCUGUUCAACCUGGAUUGGCUUGUGGUAGUGAUACUGCGCACAUGAGUAUCUUUGGUUAUGAUCCGAGAUUACACUAUAAGGGAAGAGGAAGUUUUGAAACUAUCGGAGCAGGUCUUGACAUGUCUCCAGGUGAUAUUGCAUUCAAGAGUAAUUUUGCAACAUGGAAUUCAAAAACCAAUAUUGUUGAAUUGAGAAGAGCAGAUAGACAUUUUGAAGAGAUGGGACCAAUUCUCUGUGACUAUCUUCAACAACAAUGUGAAGAGAAGGGGUUCAAUGCCAAACAUAAUUGUACAGUCUCUAUAAAAUAUGCAACAGAACACAGAUGUGGAGUUAAGGUGAGCGGAAAGAAUUUGAGUGGUGACAUUACUGGAACUGAUCCACUUGUGGAUGAUUUGGAACUUGUAAAAUGUGAACCUGUUAAGGGACUCAAAGGAGAGGAAUUGGAAAAAGCUAAAAGAACAAGUGAUCUCGUCAAUGAUCUUUCACACUUUAUCUAUGAACAACUCUCUAAACAUGAAAUUAACAAACAGAGAAAACAAGAAGGAAAGAAUGAAGCCAAUAUAGUCUUAUUGAGAGGUUGUGGUGUUUGUAUAGAUGUACCACCAUUCUCAGAGAGACAUCCAGGAUUGAGAGGUAUGUUGGUUGCUCCAACUGCUAUCAUUGCUGGUCUGGGCAAGAGUGUUGGUAUGGAAUUGAAAAAAGUCGAAGGUGCAAGUGGAGAUUAUCGUACCAAUUUAACCAAGAAGGGUAAAGGAUUUUUGGAACAUUUGGUGAAUGGUGAUGAAUUUAAUUUUGGUUUCUGUCAUAUUAAGGCAGUUGAUGAUACUGGUCAUGAUGGAAAUUUUGUUUUAAAGAAGGAAUUUAUUGAAAAAUCAGAUCAAAUGAUUGGUAUGCUUAUGGAUGAAUUUGAAAAGAGAAAACAACGAGUAGUAUUUGUCAUUACUGGAGAUCACUCUACACCUUGCUAUUACAAGGAUCAUAGUUAUGAACCAGUUCCAUUAAUUAUUUCUGGCAAUUAUCUCAACUUGGAACAAUAUCCAGAGUUGACUGACUCAACAAAAUCAUUCGAUGAAGUCUUUUCUCAAGGCUCCUUAGGCAGAUUCACAGGAGCUCAAGUUUUUGACAUUAUUCGAAAUUAUGUCAAUGUGACAACUGCUAACAAGAAUUAUUUCAAAUUUUAA